AUGGAGCUCAGCACUGAUGGAGCAUAUCUAACCACGACACACAAAGGAGGAGGGGAAGGCAUUGUCCGAGACCACUCCGAAAAAAUGAUUGUGGCCUUUGCAACACCUAUUGAUGCGCAAUCGGCCCUUGAGGCCGAGCUCAUGGCCUUCUACCACGGGCUAAUUCCGGCCACGGAUCUUAACCAGCCAAUAUGGAUUGAGUCGGACGCCGAACAGGCAAUCAAACUCUUCAAUGGGACGGCAUGGGGCCCGGCGCACAUUUGCCGAGUCAUGGCUCGCCUUCAUUCCCUUAAGCAAAGACACACCGUCCGCGCCACCUUCAUUCACCGGGAAGGUAACAAAGCGGCUGACUUGCUUGCCAAGAUGGGACUUGAACAACACUCCUUCCGCCAGAUAUCCGCCCACAACGCUCCCCGCUUACUCCAAGCAAUCGUCCGACUGGAGGAGAAGGGUACCCCCAACAUUCGACUUAGAGAUGAAGACCGUUAG